CGACCAUCGGAAAGAGUCACUUGCUUCGUGGACUGCUCGGGAAGACGAUGGAGUUAUAGCGAAUGGACAACGUGCUCACAAUCCUGUGGUUCUGCUGGCGUUUCCCGUCGAACUGUGGUUUGCAUAGACGAUCACAACCGUGUCGUACCAGACCAUCUUUGCAUGGGAGAGGCAAAGGAAGUAGCCGAGAAGGAGUGCAAUCGCUUUCCAUGUCCCAGAUGGGUGUACGGACAUUGGUCCGAAUGUUCCCGAUCAUGUGACGGUGGAGUUCGAAUGCGUCACGCUCAGUGCAUGGAUGCAGCCGACAAGGAAGUUCACUACUCUCAUUGUGGACCGAAGCACGACCGUGAAUCAUGCAACGAGCAGAUGUGUACCGCAUGGUCGUUCGGUCAAUGGUCGACGUGUUCGCCAGAUGUAGCUAUCGUGAGCGUAUCGUGCAGAAACCGUGUUCUCGUCCUGCGUGUCCAUCAUGGAAAGUCGGUGAAUGGACUCAGUGCAGCGUAUCAUGUCAAGAUGGCUGGUCCACCUCGGCGGGUCUCGUGCGUGGAUUCUCGAGGUGAAGACGUCAGAGCUGAACUGUGUCUUGCUGGAGAUCAGGAACAGCCGCCUUCCCAUCGACAAUGCAACCUCGGGCCAUGUCCAUUCUGGAGAACCAACGACUGGAGCGCGUGCUCUGUGACAUGCGGAUCAGGAGUGAGACGUCGUGCUGCUGAAUGCGUCUACCGCGAGCAAGUCGUCGACCAGUCCUUCUGCGGAGAUGCUAGUCCUCCCACAACUCAACAGUCUUGCAACCUGGUUCCAUGUACCUCAUGGGAAGUAUCCGCGUGGGGACCAUGUUCGGUGACCUGUGGUAAUGGCACGCAAACUCGUCGUGCUCACUGCACAUCAGGACCGAAAAAGGAGCCCGUCAAGGACUUUCUGUGCGAUAAGGCUUCCCGACCGCGUGAAACAAGAACUUGUGAGCGGGAUCCAUGUGAGACUCGUGUUUCGGAUCUGCUAACGCAACCAGCUGAUGUUCCUCCGAUCAGAUGGGCCACAGGACCAUGGUCGGAAUGCUCAGCGACAUGCGGAAAUGGAACCCAACGGAGACUGGUAAAAUGUCGAGAUCAUCAACGAGAUUUACCUCCUGAAUACUGUCGAGACUUGGAGAAAGUGGAAGACAAGCGACCAUGUCAUAUCAAAGUUUGCGCUUUUUGGCAAAGUGGACCGUGGAUGCCGUGCUCGGUGUCAUGUGGUGGCGGAUGGCGACGGCGUGCGGUGUCUUGCGAUGGACUCAUUUGCGACGAUACGAAGAAGCCUCGAAUGUUCGACCAAUGCAAUCCAAUGACGUGCCCGCCGAAGAGCAACAACACUUGGCAGAUCUCUCCAUGGACUCACUGUUCAGUAACGUGUGGUGGUGGAAUACAGAGACGUCGUGUAUGGUGCGAAGAUGCGGUGAGUGCGAAAGCCCAGGACGAAAGCGAAUGUCGUGACGCGAAACCGACGACGCAACGCGACUGCGAGCUGUCGCCGUGUCCUGCAUCGCAGCUGUCUCCAGCAGCGUGGCAAGCGGGUCCGUGGAGUCCGGUACGUCGCAGAUACUUCAUGAAGCAGUUUCUUCAUCAUCACCAUCAUCGUCGAUUUCACCCUCAGCGAAGAUACUAUUAA